CACAGUGCCUUCUGUCAGAUCAACACUUCAACCAUUCGGAUUUUGUACAAAAUAAAUUGAGAGUGUGCGGCUUGGGAAAAAACUUAAAAUUUCAGUCAUGGUUCAACUUUCGCGUACUACCAAAUUAACCGCCGUUUGUGUGGGCGUCUAUACGAUCUAUGUCCUGAUCACAUUCUUCCUUUUGCCCAUUCUUAUGCCGGAUCCGGUGACUAUGCAGCGAUCAUUGGUGUCCUACAGCACCCGACACCUGGGCAACCUGAGCAACCUCACACUGGAAACCGGCGGUCAGCCCAUCCGUUCAAUGCUGGUCACGUUCCGGGGAUCGGGUGCCCUUACCCUGCUGGACAACCUGGCUCAUCAGCCGGGCUGCUAUCAGCACUACGCUCCACUGAUCGGCUACGAGAGCCGUCCCAUUGCCGCAAAGGAGCACGGUCGGGCCUUGGAUGAGCUGGUGGCGCUGUACAACUGCAACUACAACAUGUCUGCGGAAAUGAUCCAAUGGGGAAUGCGAUCGUCGGUCUUCAAGCGCUUCUACGGCGCCCAGGCCAAGAUCUGUCGCACUCACGGCCAGGAGACCUGCUGGGAUCCCGAGACGAUGGCCGCCGUCUGCAAGCUGCACCCAUUCAUCAACAUGGCGGUGUACAACAUGCGGCUGAGUCUUCUGGCUACCCUCUUGGAGCGCGAGGAUCUUAAUUUAAGCAUCCUGUUGCUUGUCCGCGAUCCUCGGGGCACCAUAUAUUCCCGGAUGAGUAACAAGUGGUGCUUGGAUGAAAGGGAUUGCGAAGCACAGACCCUAUGCAGCGACAUGGUCAGUGAUCAUCAGAUGGUCGGGACCCUCACCCAAGCCUAUCCCCAGCGUUUCAGCAUUAUACGUUACGAGGACUUGUUCCUGCAGCCCGAGGAGACCAUCAAACAGGUAUUCGACUUCUAUGGAUUGCCUUUGGGACGAACCAAGCCCAGGACGCAAAAGUUUCAUCCGCGCAGUGGCUUUGUCGUAGAGUCCUCUCGCCGGGAGGAGCUCUUCAACCAGCCCGCCUUCGAGUGGAUGAGCGAAAUGAUGGUGGACGACAUUGGGGCUGUACAGGACGUGUGUGGCCAGGCCAUGGACCUGUGGGGGUAUCGCUCGAUUCAGGACUUCCAGCACUUUUCAGCGGAAUCAUUCCAGCCAAUAAUGGGCAAGGCCUAGGUAUUUGUGAGCAGAUGAUGAACGUAGUGGCCCAGGGGCUUGAUAUUAAUGCUUUCGAGAGGGUAGUAUAGUAUAGACCGCGAAUAAAUAUGUACAUUUGAUCUAUUCUAAAUCAAA